AUGCAUUUCUCUUCUGCUGCACUCUUCGCCCUUUGCUCAAUCAGCGUGACCCAGGCGGCACCUUUCGCCAACCCCGAGAACGAAGACCUCGCUCGCCGUGCAGCCUACUCCGUGGUCAAUGCCGAUGGAGACUCAUCUUCCAGCUCAGUUGCACGUGAAGUCGACACUGUCUUCGAAGUCUCCACAGUCACUGCUCCUGGUGCCGAGCCGGUGGCCAUCACUGUGACUGUGACUGCCACUCCUUCAAGCGCCUACUCCUCGACUCCUGUGGCUAGCUCUACUCCGUGCCUGGAGACUCCCACUCCCGGUUCUUCUUCUUUCUUCCGCCGGGGCCUGAGAGCCGCUGGUCAGCCUGCUCUCUUUGCUCGCGAGUACUCUAGCUCCUCCUCUGCCUAUCCCACUGCCGCUGCCUCUGAGUCUCUCUAUGCUCGUGGCUGGUACUCUGCUGCUUCUGCUACUCCUUCUGCUGCUGCCUCCCCUACCGCUUCGUCUACUGCCCUUGUGGCUCGCGGCUUCGGUGAUUGGUCCUCUUCCGCUUCGGUCUCUCCUUCUUCCAGCUUGAGCGCUUCCGCUGCUGCUACUCAUCUCGUCGCUCGCGGCUGGUACUCUUCUUCUGCCACUCCCUCUGCCUCAGCAACUCGCGUUGUGGCUCGUGGCUGGUACUCUUCUUCCGCCACCCCCUCUGCCUCGGUGACUCGCGUUGUGGCUCGCGACUUGCACGCUUCCCCCUCCGGUACUCCCUCUAGCUCGAGAGUCACUAAUUCAGCUGCUCCUCUGGCUGCCCGCGGCCCCUACGGCUGGUUCUCUUCCGCCGCCAGUGCUUCCUCCGUCGCCACACCUUCUGCCUCCUCAGCUCUUGUGGCCCGUGGUAUCCGCAGCUGGGGUCCUUCCAGUGUCUCUUCUCCGGCCUCUGGCACCUUCGCUCCGUCGGCUACUCCUGUCGUCUACUAA